AUGGAUACCCGCAAUAUCGGAGGAGAUCUCCAGCUGAUGGUGGCCUCCCCCGUAAAAAUCAAUGAGAUAGAGCUGGACAACUGCUGGGUGGUGCCAUACAACCCUGUCCUGUUACGUAUUUUCAAUGUUCAUGUCAAUGUGGAAUUAUGCAACUCUGUCAAGUCCAUCAAGUACAUUUGCAAGUACGUGAACAAGGGCAGUGACCAGGCGGCUUUUGUCGUGGAAAGUGAGAGGGAUGAGGUGAAGUUGUACGAGAGUGGGCGAUAUAUCAGCAGCUCAGAAGCGGUUCGGAGAAUCUUAGCAUUCCCCAUUCAUGAGAGGUACCCCACUGUGUUCCAUCUUGCUGUUCACCUCGAGAAUGGUCAACGUGUGCACUUCAACUCCAAGAACUUGGCUGAGAGGCUCAGCAACCCACCUCAGACAACACUCUUGGCUUUCUUCGAGCUAUGCAAAACUGACGACUUUGCACAAACCCUUCUAUAUUCCGAGGUCCCUUCUUACUACGUGUGA